GUUUUUGCAUGUCUAACACUUUGUUCUGCAUACUGUGCAUACAAGUCUCCUUCCGUGGUCGUUUCUACCUUCAGCAAGGUAAAAAGAUGGCUUAUCAGAAGGUGAAGGCAGAUCUAAGAAACUCAGGACAUUCACAGUACUUAGACAAUGAUGAACUCCAAGCCACUGCCCUUGAUUUAGAGUGGGAUAUGGAGAAGGAACUGGAAGAGCCGGGCUUUGACCAGUUUCAACCAGAUAGUGCUGAGCAUCAGAACUUGGGGCACUCUGAGACUUUAGACCUCCAUCUUGAUUCCAUUCAACCAGCAACGUCACCCAAAGGAAGAUUCCAGAGACUUCAAGAGGAGUCUGACGGUGGGACCCACUACACAAGAUCUGCACCAAAGAACAACCACUGCAGCUUUUGCUACAUGUUAAAAAUACUGUGCAUAGCUACCACCCUAUUUAUUUUUGGAAUUAUAAUAGGUUAUUAUGCACACAUGAAUUGUCCUUCUGAUGCCUCACCAUCAGGAACAAAUAACCCUCAGUUAUACCAAGAUAUUCUGAAGACAAUCAAAGCAGAAGACAUAAAGAAAUCCUUCAGAAAUUGGCUACAACUCUAUGACAGCAAGGAUGACAUGGAAAUUUCAAAGAAGAUUAAGAGUCACUGGAUUGCAUUGGGCUUGGAAGAUACACAGUUUAUAAACUAUUCCGUGCUGCUGGAUUUUCCCGGGUCCUCUCCAGGCACCAUCACUGUGAGCAGCACUGGCCAGUGCUUUUAUCCUGAUGGCCAACCUUGCAGGGAAGAAGCCAGAGGAGGCCAUAGCCAAGAUCUGUUCUUCUCAUAUGCAGCCUAUUCUGCCAAAGGAACUCUCCAGGGUGAUGUCAUCGAUGUGAGUUAUGGAACUAUGGAUGAUUUAAAACGAAUUACAAAGUUGAAAAAUACUACAAAUCAAAUUGCACUCCUGAAAUUAGGAAAAUUACCACUACUGUAUAAGAUUUCCUUAUUGGAAAAGGCUGGGUUUGGAGGUGCUCUUCUCUACAUUGAUCCAUGUGAUGCACCAGAGUCUUCAGUCCUUAGCUCUGAGCCUUUUAUGGUGACGCUGAAUCCAGGAGGAGACCCCUCAACACCUGGAUACCCCAGUCAUGAUGGAAGCUUUAGACAAAGCCGACCAAACCUCACCUCCCUGUUAGUGCAGCCUAUCUCCGCAUCCCUCGUUAAGAUGCUCAUCUCUUUGCCAAAACUGAGAAUGGAUAAAGAUGCCUGCAGCCCUCUAGAACUUCCACAUAAUGAAAAGAGAACUGUCAGUUUGCAGGUACAGACAGUCACAAAGUUUAAAACAGUGUCUAAUGUUGUUGGAUAUCUAAGAGGCUUGACAUCACCAGACCGGUAUAUUAUAGUUGGCAGCCACCACCAUGCUGGAUACAGUUAUAAAGGGCAAGAAUGGGCCAGCAGUACUGCAGUCAUCACAGCGUUUAUUGAAGCCAUGAUGUUAAGAGUGAAGCAAGGAUGGAGACCAGAACGCACUAUUGUUUUCUGCUCGUGGGGAGGAACACCCUGGGGCAAAAUUGGCUCCUAUGAAUGGGGAGAGGAUUUUGUGAAAAUUCUACAAAAAAAUGCUGUGGCCUACAUUGACCUUCAUAGCCCCGUCCGGGGCAACUCCAGUCUGUAUCCAGUUUCAUCUCCAUCUCUCCAGCAACUGGUUAUAGAGAAAAUUAAGUUCAACUGCAAGCGGAGAGCUCAGUGCCUAGGAGCCAAUGUCAGCUCGGUGCAGAUACAGGGUGAUGCUGAUUAUUUCAUCAACCAUCUUGGAGUUCCAACUGUGCAGUUUGCUUAUGAGGACAUCAAAACAUUAGAGGGUCCAAGUUUUCUCUCUGAGGCCAUUUUUCCAACACAUGCAUCAAAAAUUGAAGAAGUAGAUCCGUCUUUCAACCUCCAUGAAGCCAUUACUAAGCUCUCAGGAGAAAUAAUUUUACAAAUUGCCAGUGAACCAGUACUGCCCUUCAAUGCCCUCGAUAUAGCGUUAGGAGUUCAAAACAGCCUUAAAGGUAAUGAGCCUAGUGUCCCUCACCUGCUUGCCUUAGCAUCAAGACUGAGAGAAAGUGCAGAACUCUUCCAGUCAGAUGAGAUGCGACCUGCUAAUGACCCAGAGGAGAGAGCUCCCAGCCGUGUCCGAAUGCUGAAUGACAUCCUUCAAGACCUGGAGAAGAACUUUCUGGUGCAGUGGGUACCACCCGGUUUUUAUAGAAACAUCCUGUAUCAUCUUGAUGAGAAGACAAACCAGUUUUCCAUUCUUAAGGAGGCUUGGGAGCACUGCAACCCACAGACAUCAAAUGAGACUUUUCAAGAGGCCCUGUCCAAUGUGCUGAUUAGCAUUAAUUCAGCUCAUGUUUUCUUCAAAGCAGGACUGGAUGUGUUUGAGAGUGUCUUACUUGGAAAGAACUGAGAAAAUGCUCAGACUUUUUCAAAAUUUGUUUACAAUUGUAACAGCAAAAGCUCUAAUUUGAUCAGGUGUUUGUCUGUUUGUAUUGCUGUUUUUUACUGUCACUGAAGACCUCCCUGAAGUUUAAAGCUAUUAUGCAGUGUAAUUUUUAAUGUAAAUGGGAAAGAACAUUUUGUACUUUUAAAAUAUUUUCUUAUAACUCCACUGGAGUAUGUAAUAACAAUUGAAAUAAUACUUAAGAGUUAUUACAGAGAAAUAUGCCAUAAUUUUAGAAAUAAAACGGUUGGGAAGAGGUUAAGAUAUUCUUGUCAUUGUCACUACUCUGGACAGAAUGUGGAGGAAUGCCAAUAUUCUCUCUGAUGAAUCCUCCAGAGAGUUUAAGAUAGAGAUGGAGACCUGAUAAGGUUUUAGAUAAUUUUGCAAGUAUCUGUUCAAUGUGAAGCCAUGAUGCAUUUUGAAUGUGUGAUUGAUGCCCCAAACCACUUCGAAUGUUUCUAUUUUAUAAAAUGAAGUCUGUCUUCUUAACACAACUAGAUGUAGUAUUGCACUGGUUAUGAAAUUGCGUUUUGUAAGAAAUAAUGAAAAGAAAAAAAGCCAUAAACAUUCCAAGGGGUGGUGGUGGGGGAAUUCCCAAGAAACUAGAUGGAGCAAUUUAAAUGCAAAUUCUUCCAAAGUGACACGGUUUCAAAACCUCAGUUGAUGCUACGUGAACUUCAGCAGUGAUGUACAUUGACAAGGAAGAGAACAUAUCCUACUUUCUGUGGUUUUGACAGAACUUUACUUUCUGUGGUUUUUGACAGAAUUACAGAUACAGGAACUGUGCUAAAGAAGUACCACACAUGGCUAUCCCUCCCUACAUCUUCCUCACAACAUCUUGCUCUAAUGUCACUUUAACAGAACACCAUAUAACUAUGAUAGAAAAAUGGCAAAGCUUGUCUUUGAAAAUCCAAAAUAUCACCAAAUACCACUAAGUGUUGUUUUAUACAACUGGCAAAAACAAAACAAAACAAAACAAACCUAUUAUAAAAUGUAUGUUUGUUUUGUCAACAACUACUCAAAUUCAAAAUGAAAAUCUAACAUCUUCCCCUUUGUUAUCCUUUAUAGUGGCAAUGCUUUAUAGCAUUCCACUUAUGCUAUCAAAAAUUAGAGUUAUUUUGGGCCUGUUCUCACACAUUUCUCUCAUGUAGGAGAGGGGAUUGUAUCUUGAUUUUGUCAUCCAGUCACUCCAGAAUCUUUAGUCCCUCUAAAGUGGUAGAUUCUGCCUACUUGUGGACAAAUAAAAUUUUAUCCUACAUGUUUACAACAUAUUUGUUAAAAUAAUAAUUUUCUUGUGUUGAGUAAUGCAGUUUCCUUUUGGAAAUAGACCAUGAGAAUAGUUCCCUAACUAUUUCAAUCCUGAAAAAAUUUCCAUUGGCAUCCAGUAGUCUUCCCUGUUCUUCUAAGUCUUUACUUCUUUAGGAUGAACAUAAAAGUUAGGUUAGUUAAAAAGGAAGCUAGAGUUGAGAGAAAAGAUUUAACCAACAUUGGCUAAAUGAUUGGCAAGAGCCAUCUCCCAACAUUAGUAAUGAUUGCUUUCUCAAAGCAAUGAACUGAGGCAAUUAUGUAAUAAAUUAUAUAAUUCAAGCAGAAGUCCAUGUUUAUCUGAAGUGCCUAUGUACAAACAUCUUCAUAUGAUAAAUGAAAUACCUUUUAGUAUUUUAAUGCAUGUAUUUAAUGUAAUGAUUUUAACUAUACUUGCUUGAGAACAUUUUGCCACAUUGUUUAAUAUGUGUACAAAGGCAUUUAGAAGGUUUGGCACUGCCUACCCAGCACUGCUUCUUCUCCACUAUCUGCAGAGAUCACAGAACAAAUGGGGUAAGAUUACCCAUACUGCAAAAGAGUCAAAUCUUAUGUCAAAGAGUGUUUCAUACUGAAUCAAAGCUUAUGCAGUUCAUAGUAUGGAGUUGAAUUUGGUAGAUUAACAUCUUAGAUAAAAUCUCUACAUUGAUUUAAUACAACAUUUCCAAAAAAAAGUAUUGAGAACACAAAAAUCACCAUUUAGGAUUUUACAAAAACUAUGUACAUAGGGAAAGAAAUUUCAUAUGUAACCUAUAUUUCUUCCUUCUAAAUUUAUUUGUUCACUAAAAUACAGUUAACCUAUGGCUAGUAUAUUCUAUUAGGUCAUUUAAAAGCCUGUAUAAAGUGUUUAAAUUAGAUUUAAAACAGAUAUUCAUGAAUCCUGAAGAUGAUGCUUCAUGUUUUGAUUUUACCUAGCGCUGAUCUCUUACAACAUUUAUCAUAACCCUGUCAUGCUUGUCUUAAGACAUUUUCAGAUGCAUAGCAUGUUAAUGUUUUGCAGAACAUUUUAGUAGAUAUAAUCCUCAACAAGGGAGUGACAAGUGGUCUGUGAAUUGGUAGUACAUUCAAACUGAUAGAAAGACAUCUAAGUAUCAAGUACCACUCAUAGUACUUCAUAUAGAAACGUGCCCAGGAAACAGCAAGUCAUAGAUAGUCCAUUUAGCCCCCACUCCCCCGCAAAAUCAAACCUAUGCCGUGAGUCUGUGUCCAGGCUGAAUAUCUUGGCAUAUUACUCCUGAUCUGAGAGACAAAAGGGAGCAUGUCAGUCAAGACCAAGAUCGAGAAUCUUGCUUUUAAUCAUAAAAUCAUCACUAUCCAAAUCAGCGGCAGUACUGGAUGGAGCGAGAUGAACGGAGAAAUGUGGACAUAGGCAUCUGGUCAGAGAGUGGCUAAAGCCCCCUGGAUUUUCAGGUUUUCAAUAUUCUUAUCCAGUGUACACUGUCCUCCCUUCGAGAAGGCAGAGAAUUAGUUGAAACUAGCCACCGAGUCUGAUGCUGUUUUGAGCUGGGAACAUGAUUUUAAUGCCAGACAAGAUCCUAUUUUGAAGAAACUUGACAAAAUGUUCCCAGAAUAUCAGGGAAAAUAGAACAAAGUCUGAAGAAUGACUGUAUAUGAUGCCAGAAGUCAGAAAGAAGGAUGCUGAGCAAAAUAUAACAGAGGGAACUGUUACCUGGAAGCAUCACCAGUGGUUGUUUGAAGUGUGAAAUAUGAGGAAAGAGUCUUCAGAAUAUUUAUUCUCAGAUUUGAUUGCAUCUAGUUUAGUGAUUUCUAAUCAAUAUUAUUCCUAAAUCCUGAUAAUACACCCUUUUGAAAUUCAUAAAAGAAAAGAAAGUCAAAUUAAUGAGGAAUCCCAAAGAUUUUUCACAGUGACAUCAUUAAAACCCCAAAUGAGGGACUGGAAAGAUGGUUCCACAGAGAGGAACACUGGCAACUUAAUCAUGAAGACUUGUAUUCAGUUCCAGCACCUGUCUGAGAGUGCAUAAAUGCAUUCACUAAGGGAUUCAAUUCCCCACUCCUAGUUUUCAAAGGUAUCACAUACACAUAUUCACACAUUAAUAAAAUAAACAUCAAACAAAAUAUAGUAAAUACAAAUGAUAACCUGUUAUAUCUAUAAAAGAGCCGUAGGGUGUAGCCGAAAUUUAUGCCAGCUACGGACUAGGCAUAGCUUACUAUGCUACAUAGUUCCCCCUAGUUGUCUAUACAACAACUGAUUUAACAAGGAAGAACCCACAUUUAAUGAGACAUCUUCAGAGUUUUCAGAUUAACAAUGAUUAAUAAUAAUAAUAAUAAUAAGAAGAAGAAGAAGAAGAAGAAGAAGAAGAAAUGUUGUGUUGUUUCUUUCUUCUCAGAGGUUACCUGUAAUGUCAUCAAGGACUUCUUUACACCAAAUGAUGCAGAGAACACAGUGUUUCUGUUUGAAAGCAUAAUAUGAUGUAACAUUUUGAGGUAGCUUAACACAUACAAGAAAUCGCAGCUAAAUCACCAACAGCCUUGGCUAGGAACCACUUUAUCUUCAAAAUACCUAAAAAGCAGCAUACACAAUCUUCAAUAGCUAUAGUCCAACUAAAAAAUGGUAUAUAUGUGUAAGUUUGAAAACAUCUAAAUAAUGAAAACUAAUCACAGAUAUACUUUCAGGACAACUAAGCUUCAAGUUGUGAAACCAAGUAGAAUGUACUACUAUCAUUAUUUCCUAUACCAACUGUUUGUACAAUUCAUUAAGAAAGCAACAGGUGCAUUGAUUUAGGAAUAAAGCUAUAUAUCAGACUCUAAACCUCAACUUCUUCUUAAAUAAAUACAUAGCAUGUCAACAUUUGUUUACUAGAAAGGUAAAAUAUGCUUUCAGACUCAGAAAAAUAAAAUAUUUGUUAUAAUUUUUUUCCGUUGUGAAUCAGGAUUUGCCUGAUGAAAAAAUAAAUUAUUUGCAGAAUAAAUUGGUAGAUAAAGUCACUAAUGCUCUCCAGAGACUCUCUGUGGUAUGUGUAAUUAAUUACUGAAAUAAUUAAGCUCUCCUUGAAGAUUACACCUUGCCAUCUCAUUGGUUUAACAUGUUACUAAAAUGUGGCUUGGCCUCACAUUUUCAUAUUAGAAAAGAAUUGCUUUGAACUGCCAAUACAUAUGCUGAGUAGAAGGGAAAUGGUUUUUGCAUAUUGCAAUAAAUUAUUUUCCAAUGUGUUACUCUGCAAGACUGAGAAUUUAACUUAGGCAUGGGGGAACAAGUAUUUGCUGAGCUAUGCUUUCAAGCUCUUGCACGAGUUUAAAUUCCUAACCUAAUAUAAAAUGGCUCAUUUUUUUUAGAACGGUAAACCAUCCUUAAAUCUAAAAGAGCACUGAGAGUUCCAAGUACCCUCUCAAGUAUGAAUACCCUUUAGUUGAACAGAAUUGUUUUAUCAGAUUUUAAAUUUGAAAUGAAAUAAUUGUGAAGAAUUGCAAACCAUAAUGUAGAAUGUUUCUGGCUAUCACCAUGUUCACUCAAAAAUAUAUUUUCUUUUCUUUCUGGGUACCCUUUAGAAAUGGUCUUAGUCAUUCCCUUACUGAAGAAUGGGUUUGUAAGACCCACCUAUUUAACAUAAAUGUAUCUGUUAAACACCUAGAUGUUUCAUUACAUAAUACCUUUACAUUAUCCUCCAAAGAUGUGCACUAAAAGUGCCUUUAGCAUAGAAGCUGUCAAGAAUCCAAAACAUGGCUCACUGUGAGUGAGAUGUUUCAUAAAGGCAUUUAUAAUCUAAAAUUCAAAGUGGAUAAGAAUUUAAGAGCAAAGGAUGAAAGUGAGGCAAAUUUAGGGACUCCCAUUGUAAUGUUUUUCACUAUAUUAUGUGUUUGGAUAUAGUUUCCAAGGUUACAAUAAACUAAAUAGUGAUAUUAAGGAUUUUAGCCAAAUUGUACUCAGCAAAGCCAAAGAAAUGCAUGACUUCUCUAAUUUGUUUUUUCAAGGAUUUAGUCAAGACUUAGAACACAUACUACUGAUUGACUUGCUUCAUCCAAUGAAAGCACUAAUGACUGUGCGCAGAGCCUAGCAGUAUUUUGCUCCUUUCAUGGUCUAAGCCAAUAAGCACUGAGGUAGCUUUUCUCAGAAUAAAACACAUUUUAUUUUCCAGCGGCUGAUUAAUUUGCCCCACUUCAGUCUCAAAAAGACUACACAGGUGCCUGUCCUAUGCCAUAUAUCAUGUGUUCAAGUUUUGUAAGCUCAAGAGAUUAAUAUGCAAUCAUUAAUAUGAAUGAUUGUGCUCUAUUAAAGUUGAAAUUGGUCUUUUGUUUUUGUAAUUAAAGUGUAGACUUGGUAUCUGUACAGAACUUCACUGAAGAAAUUAAGUCAGAGUCCGUAUUUUAACGGACUACAUAUAUUUUUCAAUCAAAACGUAAAAUUAUUUACUUAUCUAUACUCUUCAGUAAUUAUAAGUUUAUAGAUACUUCAAGUGACCUAAAUUCAAUAUGUGACCAUGCAGAUGGUUAAUACCUGGGUUUCACCUUUGUGAUUUCUUACUUCUGUAAUAAUUUAUUUUUAAGUAUACAAAGUGGAAUUAUAUUAAUAACAGUGUUUUCAUUUGUUUUUUACCAAAAUGUGUGAUUAGACAUUACUCUGGAAGUUAGAACAAAAUAUGACUAAUAAGGAUAAUUCAAACAAAGUAUUUCACUACACUAUUAUAGCUUCUCUGCAGGAAACAACAAACCCAAAUGGUUAAGUGUAGCUAACAUAAUUAUAUUCCAAGUAUGUUACAGAUAAUUUUACUCAGUAGCAAAGCCAAACUCUAUUAGGUGAUUGAGUGUGUACACUGCAAACAAAAGGGGCUAGUGGAGAACCUAUUCCACAUAUUUUAACUUGCUAUUUGGAAAAAAUAUAUCAGAUGAAAAUCUUCCUAGGGCACUCUGAUGUUUUUGUUUGUUUUUAGAGACACUGAGAAAAUUGCAUGACAUUUUGAUAAUACUUUUCUAUAUGGGCUUCCAAUGUUCAUAUAU